UAUGCCGGUGCUUCGAAGAGUUCUGUCUCGCGUAGUUUGAAAAAAAAAUGUUCUGUCAGUGUAACGCCCCAGCAUUUCUUGAAAACAUGAAGUCAUGACAGUUUACAUCAGCGCCCAUAUAUAUCGCAGAGGCUUUAAAGGGUGCUGUUUAUAGAUUGUUUCUGCAUAAAACACCUGAGGUGUGAAGAAUGAGCCAAAAAUGUUACUUAAGAAAGAGAAGGUGCCAAGGCAGAACUACUUAUAGUUAUGGGGCAACUGGUUUAAUUUAAUAAUGUAGAAAUGAAGUUUACUGAUACCAUUAUCUUGCCAAAUGUAGCAUAGCUCACAUUUUAGAAAGAUUUAUCUAGUGCCUUAUUUUGUAUCAUACUUUAAGAAACUAGUCAUGUUGAAUGUAUCAGAUUAACUAUGUUGUAAUUUACUUGUUUGUAAUUUACAAUUUUGAAGAACAGAUGCUUGUCAUAUUAGCCAAAGAACACAGUUUAUUUUAAUUCUGUACUGAAUUUUUACUUUUAAAUGUUAUUUAUACAAAGCUUUUGCUAUUUUUAUGCCAUAUCAUCUCCUCCUUAGAGGUGUAAAGCUAAACCAAAUGUGCCAGUACCAAACACCAAUGAGUUUAGAAAUUAAGAAUUUCAGUGAUAUCAGACAAGUGCUUUAAAUGUGUCAGUUAUAUCUACAGGUACAAAACUGCACGCAUAGCGUACUAUUCUUGUACUUCCUGCUUGGCAGUCGAUGUGUGUGUUGUAAAAGUUACAAUUGUAUAUUCAAUACCCACCAGAGCAAUAAAAUGUGACAAGCUGCACAGGCACAAGUAGCCAUAUUGUUCCUAAAAAUAAUCUGAGAGGAAAAUUUUUAUUCUAUUGCCACACUGAAAAACUGAGAAUAGCAUUAAACUGGCAAUCUGCAUUCUUUUUGUGACAUUUUGCUUGAUUACUGCAUAAUCUUCUCUGUAAGCCAUAAUACAAGACACUCUGCCAGCAGUUGCUUGUUAUAAUUUUUAUGCAGUUUAAGAUUUUGAAUUGUCAUGGGUAAAUUGAUUAAGAUGAACAUGAAGAAAGAAAAAGGCAAGAAACGUAACAAGAAUCACAAAUGCCAGUAUUGCAGAAAGAACUUCGCAGCAGCAGGUGAUUUAACAAAGCAUUUGAGAACUCACACAGGAGAGAGACCUUAUGAGUGUGCAGACUGUGGUGCACGGUUUGCACAGGGUGGUGGUUUGAAGAACCAUAUUGUGGCCAAACAUACAUAUCCUGAACCAUUUACUUGCCACCACUGUGGACGGACAUUUCCCAUCAAGGAACGCUUAAGGCUGCAUCUGCGUACACACACUGGUGAGCGACCAUAUGCCUGUCCACAGUGUCCACGCCGCUUUGCUCGUGGGGGCCAGCUGCUGCAACAUACCAUAACCCAUACAGGUGAUAAACCAUACCAUUGCACACGUUGCCCAAGGCAAUUUGCCUCCCAAAAGAAUCUCAGUAUGCAUCUGAAACGACACGAUGGGACACGUGAUCAGACAUGUGAAAUUUGUGGUAAAUCAUUUGUUCGGCGUGAUAGUCUCAUGAAACAUGUUGCUUGUAUCCACAGUGGAAUCCGUGCUUUCCGUUGUGACAUCUGUGGAAAAGAGUUGAAAGGUCAUAUUGUCCAGCAUUUACGUAUCCACAUGAGUGAAAAGCCAUUCAGCUGUAAGACAUGUGGAAUGGCAUUCACACAAGCCUCUCAUUUAAAGGUCCAUGGACGUGUUCAUAGCGGGGAGAAGCCGUAUCAGUGCAAAGUGUGUAAAAAGGCCUUUGCACACUCAGCUGCUCUGAAGAUGCAUGUUCGAAGACAUACAGGUGAGAAACCAUUCAAAUGCCUUCUCUGCCCAUCAGCAGCAUUUGCUCAGUUGCCUCAUCUCAAAAAGCAUAUGCUGUGUAUUCAUAAAACAGCAAAACCUUACUUAUGCAUUCGCUGCCGAGAGUUUUUCAAGACAAAAAAUGACUUGGAAACACAUGAACAGACAUGCAAAGCAGAAGAAGUUAACCAUGCAUGUGAGGACGGUGGUGACUCUCUGGAUAAAGUAAAAGACAGUGACGAUAAGGACAAAUCACUUGUACCUCCCAUGCCAAUAGCAAAAAUGAGAAUGUUAUUGGCAAUACUUCUAAAAAGGAUCUCAACAUCUGAAAGGCUUGAGCAGUUAGGUUUCGGGGAGCGCCUCAUUGAUGACGUACUGUGUGAAUCAAUUGAAAUGUCAGGUAGAAAACCCUGUUCUGACAAAGAUAUGGAUGAAGGUGAGAGGUUGAAAAAAAAUGUUGAGAUUCUUUUGGAAUGGACAGUACCAAAACGAUUCAUGGAUAGGUUUCAGAAGGAGGGUAGAUCUGCAGAAGCACUCUUAGAAGAACUCACAUCGUAAUGUAUCAGGUUGGUUAGGUAUUUAUACACGAUCACAGAAAUAAAGAGGAAAUUGUUUUUAUGAAAUGAAACCAAACAUUGUUAUUGUGACUGAAAUGUUUAUUUUUCAAUGUCCAAUACAAAGAUAAAUACAUAUAAAUAAUCUUUUUAUACUAAAAUAUAUCCUAUUAUUUUUAAUCUUGUUUAUUUUUAUAUUAUUUUCAUAAAGUCAGAGAAUGUCAAGAAAAUGAUUUUAGCCAUCAGCUUGCCUAUUUUGUGUAUUAAAACAAAUUUUAUAAAUGAUUGCCUAGAAUACAUAUGAUUAUUGUGAUGGUAGUGCUGUGUGCUGAUUCGUAUAUCAGCUGCUUAUUGUGUUCAAUAUCUUUAGGGUCAGAUAUUUUGUAUUUAAUCUAACAUAAAGGCUACCUGUAGACUUUGUGGAUUUGCCUGCUGCAGUGUGCAUUCAAGAUGUUUAUUCCUCUCUUAAUUUUUCUCAAAGUUGGCUACGUGCAUAAAAAUAUGUUUGAUAAAAUAAAAAAGAACCAGCACGUCAUGUUUUUACCUUAAACUGGGACUGUACUGUGUGCCAGAAUCCAUUGUUAUGUUGAACAAGUGAAAUAGUUCAAUUUUUAAUGUAAGAUAUUAUUAUUAUUUAUGUACAGUUUCAGGACAACAUUUAAUGUAAGACAGUAAUUACAAAAAUAGUUUUGUGAUAACCAACUCUUUACUAGAGGAAGAUAAUGCAGAAAGGUGAGGAUCAAUUAUAUUCUCUCAGGAAUUGCUUUAUUUAGAUAGUGAUAUUAUUUUUUUUCUUCCCCCCCCCCCCCCCCCCCCCCUUCUUCCUAACUUAAAAUACAACACAAAGCCUGUACUGGAAUUUCCAGUUUUUUAUGAUAAUCAAAUUUGCUGCAGAUAAUAGUAUCUCUGUGCAAAGAUUAGGCAUUUGAAACCUAUUUUUUUAAGGACAUCAUAUUUGCCAUUGACUGUAGAAAUUAUGUAUUUCAUAAUUGCAGUUUAGCCCUUAAGGCCAUUAUCAAAUGGUGCUGCAAAAGAUUUUGUGUCAAUACAUGUCGCAGUUUAAAACCCUCUGAGGUACUAUAUGUUUGCAGCUGAAAAGUCACUGACGUGGAAGACAUAUACAAAUUUGUAGUUCGUGCUGUGGUGAAAGAUAGUCAAAAACAACUGAUAAAUACAAAACCAUGUAUUUAUCUGUUAGGACCACCACAAUCGGAGGCUUUCUCCUCCAAUAACUCCUCCUGAACUAAUUGAGAACGUUCACACCUCUCACAGGCAACAUACCAAUUUGCACUGCACGUACCUCAUGCUGUCAAACUGAAAUAAUUGCCAUCAGUGCAUAGCUGCAGGCAGUGAGGGGAAUGACAAUAAAAAAAAAAAAAAGAAAGA